CGAGAUCGUCUCCACCGAUCUAGCACGCACGCACGGAGUACAGUCUUCCCUUCUAGCAAUGGCGACCUACCUCCCCCUCGCCGUCCUCGUGGCCCUCCUCGCCGCCACCGGCGCCAGCGCCCACGGCUACAGCCAGACCCCAUCGCCGACGCCUGGACCGGCUGCCAAGUGCGACAAGGUGAUGCUGAAGGUGGAGGGCGUGGUGUACUGCCAGAGCUGCACGCACCGGAACUCGUGGUGCCUGGACGGCGCGACGGCGCUGCCGGGGGCAAAGGUGACGGUCACCUGCCGCGACGCCAAGAACCGCGUCAUGGCGUCGCGGACGCCCGUCGCCGACGGCAAUGGCUACUUCCUCGCCGAGUUCGACGUCGCCGAGAAGGCCGACUACUACAAGGGAGACCCCGCCAAGGCCUGCUUCGUGCGCCUGCUCGCGUCGCCGGACCGCAAGUGCGACGACCUCACCAACGUCAACUACGGCAUCGAGGGCGCGCCGCUCCGCCACGAGGGCAAGCGGUGGUCCGGCAAGGGGUACGAGAACGUCGUGUACGCCGCCGGCCCGCUCUCCUUCAAGCCGGACACCUGCGCGCCCAGGGGCCACUACUGAUUCGUCCGUUGAUUUGAACUGCAUGUACGCGCGCGCGUGCGUGCGUGCGCAAGCUAGAUGCGCCUGCGCUGCUGCUUUGGAGUUGAGAAAUUUGUGGAGCUUGAAGGCUUCAUUCAUGUGGCUUUUCUUUUGCUUCUGUUCUAUUUAUUGAUAGAAUAUUUUUUUGUUAAUCUCUUCCUUGGACAAGUCAAGCAUAUCUUUUUUCACUUCAAACGCAUUAUA